CACCCAGCGUCAUCUCCUCCACGGCUGCGGAUCCACGUUACCACGAGUAUCGCUGUCCUACAAGACACCGUCGUCGAUGUUACUCGUCACAAGUUCAGACGUGGCCAAAAGUGGCGUGUCUUACAUGCCCAGCAGCUUGGCCAUGAAGGAAGUUCUACCAGCGAACCGGGACCAACUGGACAAGGACAAGGAACGAGCCGGCGAGAGCUGCGCAAGUCAUCGGUGGAGGGCCGAGGGCGACCUGCUCACUCCGAUGGGCGUCAAGGACACCCUGUCUCACUGCAGCAACAAGCGAGCACUAUGCACCGUGCAAGGAGCCCGGCACCACGCAGGGGUCGUAGCCAGGGACGCCGGACUGCUGCUGAUGUCCAGAUUGCCCCCGCCCACAGUCGCUGGCAGUACGGUGGCGUGCGCACGGAACGCGGCAAGAAGACCACAGGAUGUGCCACAGCAUGUCUUCUUGGCAGCGCCCUGUCUCGGCUGUGGCAGCAGAACAGCAGCAGGCAGCCGCACAGUCAUCACGGCUGUGGUUUUUGAGAGCGGACCUUAGCACCGGUCAGGCAGA